AUGGAUAAAAGUGCAAAACCAGUAGUUUGCAUUAUAGCUGGAGAAGUAUGGAAAAGUAAUUAUGUAUUCAAUUUAAAUGAAUUACCAGAACGUUGUGACAUAUAUUCAGUAGGUCAAUUUGCUUUUGACCGUGAUGAUUGUAUCUAUGUAAUGGAAAAAGAUGAAAGUGCAAUUAAAAGCUUAACAGAAGCUAAUAAAGUCGUCUAUCUAACCAUUGGAUUUGUAAAUAAUGAUGAUUGGUGGUCAAUAUUUAAUCCUUCAGAUGCUAAUGAAUAUAAGACUCAAAAAUUUGAUCCAUUAGUAGAUUUUUUAAAUAAAUACAAACUUAGUGGUCUUUUUAUUUAUUUUCCAUCACUAUUAGAUAGUGAUAUUCAAAAUGUGUUUCAAAAAAUAAGCGAUUUUGUCACUUCAAUUAAAGAAAAAAUAGAUGGAUUAAAAGUUGGUAUAGUGUUUUAUGUAACGGAUCAGAUUUCAAAUAAAACUCGUUUUGAUUUUACAUUGAUAAAUGAAAUAAUGGAUCAUUAUGUCAUUGAUUUGUCAAUGUUGAACGAAUGUGAUGAUAAUUCAAAAAUAUACGGGUUGAGUCCAAUAUCUAGUGAAACUAUGGUUUCUAUUGAUCAAGUUACAUGUGUUGUAACUAAUUCAACUGUGGAUCAAUCAAAAUUGUUUGCUAAGAUACAAGUAUCUGUACUAAUUCCAAAAGAUCUGGUUGGAGAAGGCGUUAAGACCGUCACAACUUAUUCUAUAUAUUGUGGCGACAACGAUCUAGCAAAGUCAUCUAAGUUAUGUGGGAACCCUUCAAAUCUUUCAUAUGAUCAAGGAGCUUAUGUAGAUAAAUUCUACAGUGGAUUGUACAUAGAAUGUCUGGAUGCAGAUGAUUUCGAAUGCAAAUGUGGUUGUAAAAAUUUUCCAGUAACAAAUAUAAUUAUUGAUGGAUGGGAAAAAUGUGAUUUUACAGCGUGUUCUAAACUAGAUCAAAAUUAA